AUGGCAUAUUUUGAGCUUUUGAAACGUAAACACGAUACAAAUGAUGAUGGCUUGAAUCUAUCGAUGGCAAUUGGUUUGGGUUAUCGUUACGGUACAAAUGAUGCUGCCUUUUGUGAGAUGCUGGAAAAGUCCACCGAGGAUUCAGCCACGAGAAGCAUCGCCAUACGUAUACAAGAUGGGACCCCACGCUUCAAGUUGUGGGUCAAAUAUGUGACAAUUACGACGUGA